AAUUUUAAAAAUAAAAAAUAUAUAUUAUUUUAAUAUAUAUUUUUAAAAAACUCUAUAAAAUGAAAGGAAUUCCCACCGAUUAAACAAAAACCCGAUCAAAACGCUUAUCCUUUAUUUCCACCGAGCACGUGCUUUGUGUCCCGUCUUGCCUGCUGCCCGUUUCUUUCCCACCUGCCCAAUCUGUCCCGCUUUCCCUCCCUCUAUAUAAACCUCCACAUGUUCAGACGAACCCUUGACAACCUUUCGAUCUCAAAAUGGCCGAUAAACUCGCCGGUACCAUCACUGUCACUGUUCUUUUCUUUCUAUGCACCGUCGCAUUUUCUCGCACCCCGUUAGAUCUAGAGACUCUACCCGAAUUACCAAAAUCCGAGCCGAAAGCCACACCUGUUCUCCUCCUCCCUAGCCAGGGUCUCGAAACCGCAGUAAAGCAUCCAGUGGAGGUAAAAAUCGAGGAAAAAAGGGACCCAGGGUCAUCAACAACGGAAUCGAUCGAGACGGUGGUGCCGUUAACAGUUGUGACUUUCCGUCCAAUAAACCGUCAGUUCUUCCCUCGACGUCCCUUACUGCCGUUACGUCCUCGUCACCGAUGUCGUCAUGGGCAAGGGAUGGUGAAGCCACGUUUCUACGGUAAUGAUAUGAUUGUAUCUGGUGGGAAGGUUCAUGGACAUGGACUUGAUGAUAAGGAGACACGUGGCGUUGGGAGGCAGAUUCCUGUCAAGAGGGCCAGGAUUUACUUCUUUGAUGACGUGGCAAAUGGAGAGCAGAGGGAGUGGAGAUACAAGAAGCAUCAGAAGCACCUCCAAGUGGAAGGAGAAGAGAGGGAAAAAGAAGAGAAGCAUGAGCAUGAACAGGAGCACAAGUGGGGGUUGUUGAAGGGGUUUCGCAAGUUUUUGAAGCAUAAUUUUUGAGGAAAUUUGGAAGCUAUUAGUAUUAUAAAAUAUUAUGUGUGUUUUGUGCUGGGUUUCAUAUUGCAUCCUGUGAGAGAGAUGUGUAGUAGUGUGCUGAAUCGAAAUGCUUGUUGCUGCUCUAUAGCCGAUAUGUAUAUGGCAUGUGAUAUAUGAAAUUACUUAUGUUUUGUGUUUCA